AUGGCCACAAGUUGUUCCUCCAUGGUUUCCACCAAAUUAUCCAUACUAGGUUGGACAGGAGGUGGAAGAAGAAGAGAACCAAAAUCCAGAACUCCAUUUUUCAUAUCAUGUCAACAACAAUCCGAUGUUAAAGACUCCGAAGGUGUGAAGGUAAUAGAAGAGAAAGAAAUACCACAAAACCAACGAAUCAAUCCAAAAGGAACAGAACCAAGACCAGUUGAACCUCAGGUGAAUGUAAAAAACAAAGGUAUGAGCAGGGAAUAUGGAGGACAGUGGUUGAGCUGCGCGACACGACAUGUUCGAAUCUAUGCUGCUUAUAUCGAUCCAGAAACCAGUGAUUUUGAUCAAUCGCAGAUGGAUAAGCUUUCACUUAUUCUUGAUCCUACUGACGAGUUUGUGUGGAAAGCUGAGAGUUGUAACUUGGUUUAUUCUUACUUUCAGGAGCUUGUCGAUCACUACGAGGGUGCUCCAUUGAAUGAAUACACACUUCGACUGAUUGGUUCAGACAUAGAGCACUAUAUAAGAAAGUUGUUGUAUGAUGGAGUGAUCAAGUAUAAUAUGAACGCAAGGGUUUUGAAUUUCAGCAUGGGGAAGCCACGAAUCAUGUUCAAUAACAAUGAUAUCCAACCUGAAGAUUCCACUUGA